CAUUCUUUCAUUCCUUUGGCGCUGAGUGCCCCUGAAUUCUUUGAGGACUUUUAAUCUUACACUUUCUAAAGUCUGACAUCCGAUUGAUAGUACUGUUUGUUCGUAAAUUCAACCAAGUUUAUUGUGUGUAUUGUAUUCGGUGUAGUGUUUGGAGGUGAUAAAUUACCACAAAAUCAGUUAUUGGUUAAUCCUGCAAAGAUCAGGGGACGAUAUAAUUUGGAUCUCUUGGAAAUAUCUAGAAUAUAAACAAUAUGAAGAUCUGGAAUGUAGAAUAUGAAUUUAAUCACCCCUGGGAAACUGUGGCAAAGGCGAUAUGGAGGAAGUAUCCGAAUCCAAUGAACCCAGCGGUCAUCGGUAUUGAUGUAAUAGACAGAAAAAUUGUCGAUGGAGUUUUACACACACAUAGAAUUGUUUCCAGUGAAUGGGGUUUUCCCAGAUGGGCGGAAGCUCUUAUAGGAACUGCUUCAGUUUGCUAUGCUAGUGAAAUGAGUGAGGUGGAUAUUGAGAAGAAACAAAUUACACUAAAAACUAGAAACCUAACAUUCUGCAAAUAUAUAGGAGUUGAAGAAACUGUACAAUAUUCACCUCAUCCGGAGAAUCCUCAGAAUACUCUGUUGACGCAAGAAGCUGUUGUCACAGUUCAUGGGGUUCCUCUUGGCAACUACAUGGAGGAUAUGUUGACCUCCAAAAUAUCAGCAAACGCGGGAAAGGGGAGACAGGCGAUCGAAUGGGUGAUUGGAAUGAUCGAUGCUGAGGUCAAAGAUCUGGCGAACAAUGCUGUGAAAUCAACUGACGAACUUUUAGCCCAAACCAAAAAACAAUUUGACGAUCUUAGUGUUAAAACGAGAAAAAGUAUGGACGAUCUUCAAACAGCAGCUAAAAAAUCAUUCGACGAAAUUCACAGUCUAACGACUCCCCCGCCACAAUCUAUACCGAAAUUAUAACUAAUAUAUUACGCUAGUUUCAAUCUUUUUUAUUAAUUUAAUAUCUGGACAGUUCAAUUAUCUACUGAUUCCAAUAACGGAUGCAGAAAUAUUUUCUAGAGAUACACAUGUUGCUUCUAUUAGAGAGUUUAUAACUUCUCACUCCAUUGACACUUUUAUAAGUGUUAUCAUGACAAUUCCGUAGCUUCCUCGUAAGGGUGAGAAUUAAAUUAAGUCAGGGGUAGAAAAUAUUUGAAAAAAAAGAAGCUUUUGUCACAGCUACGACCAAAUAUGGAGGAGUUUGUAAGGGAAAAGUUUUGAAAAUUUCUGAAUCGUGAGAAAAAACAGAAAAGGCAGAAAAGUAAAGGGGGUAAGUUGAAUAUAUUGAAAACAGAUCGGAACGGUUUCUCAAAUCAUACCCUGAAGAGAUGCCGACAAAAUUUCUCCGCCGAGAAACAAUGAAUAUCGUACGUAAAUGUUGGUUUUGUUUUUUUGUUCCAAAAACAAACGUAUGAAUUAUUCAUAAUUCUUUUGAUUUUAAAUAUAAAUUAAAAUUGAUCAAUCACGUAAAUUUAUUGUGAACGAUUUUCGCCAGCUUUACAAUAGAAAAUUUUUAAAGACAUAUAGCUAACGAAAAAAAAAGUAAAAAGUUGAAAGAAAACUUUUGUCGUUAUCUUGCACUUAGGAAUUUAUACGAAGAUUAAAUCUAUAUGUAAAUACAUAUUAUGUAAUACAAAUAUUAGUAUCUAAUAUACUUUCAAACUUUCCUCAUCCGAUAAAUUAUUAAAUGCUAAUUAAAGAUACGCCAUCAAUUAAAAAAAAUAGUCCUGUUCGAAUCCCUUUUCUUUCACUUUUUCUCCCUGUUUUGAAAAAUUAGCUAAAAAAUUAUUGUUACUUGAAGACAUUAUUGACAUCGUCGUUAAACGAAAUGCCGAUUCCUGAUAAAUUCCAAUAUUCUUGCUAAUUUACAUGGAAAAUGAUGAAAGAUGAGAGAUUGUUGAAUUAUCAGACUGUCGAUGUCUGAAUCGAAGUAAAUCGCUACCUCCGUCACUCUACGAGUGAUAACAACGAUUGCGUGGGUGGAAUUUUUUCAUUUUCGAAUUGAGGCACUCUUAGCUAUAAAUAUGUAAAUAGUAUUAAUAAUAAUAAUUACAACAAUAACGAAUGAAAUAAAUUGAAUAAAUUAUUA